UUGAUUUUGAAUUUAACUCUUAGAAAUUGGUAUUUAAUUCGAAUUGGAUAUUAUUGCAAAUGAUUGAAUAUAUCGUUUGAAGCUUUAUUUUCUUAAAUGGUAAUUAUUCUCUUAAUAUAACAUGCCUAAGGGAUUUUUUCCAAACUUUCUUUUGCAUCAUUAGCCCCGUUGGUCCCAUGUUGUGGGCCAUUUACUACUGUUAUAAUAAAACCAGAUGUGAUAUUCAUACCUUAUAGUAAAUGACUUAACGUGAGAGAAAAUAAACUUCAAUUCUCCAUAGGAAAUUAUGGAACCUCAAGUAAGCUCAAGAAUGAAGAAACUUCUUCUAGUCAUCAAUUGUAUAAUUCUAGCUGUAGGAACUUGUGGUGGCCCUUUGAUCAUGCGCCUUUACUUCAUCAAAGGAGGCAAAAGAAUUUGGCUAUCAAGCUGGCUACAAACGGCUGCUUGGCCAAUCAAUUUCAUCCCUUUAGUCAUUUCCUACAUCUACCGUCGCAAAAGCAACAAUAAUAAUACCACCAAGCUCAUUUUGAUGACUCCACAAAUACUCGUGGUCACUAUUGGGAUCGGAAUCCUACAAGGAUAUGCAAAUUAUUUCUAUGCUUAUGGCAUAGCCAAAUUACCCGUUUCCACUAGCGGACUUCUCUUUGCUACGCAACUUGCUUUCACUGCCUUCUUUGCUUUCCUUAUAGUGAAGCUGAAAUUCACUUCUUACUCAGUCAACUCCGUGUUUUUGUUGACGAUUGGUGCGGUGGUUUUGGCCCUACGCUCCAGUGGUGAUCAACCAGAGGGAGAGCCGAAGAAAGAGUAUAUAUUAGGGUUUAUCAUGACCCUAGCAGCUGCUGCUUUGAGUGGUCUUAUUUUUCCUUUAGUGGAGUUGAUCUAUAAGAAAGCACAACAAGCUAUCACUUACACACUGGUAUUGGAGUUUCAAACAGUGUAUUGCUUUAUUGCUACUGUGCUUGCAACAAUUGGAAUGAUCAUAAACAAGGACUUUCAGGCAAUUUCAAGGGAGGCAAACUCAUUUGAACUUGGAGAAAGUAAAUAUUAUAUUGUGAUAGUAUGGAGUGCAAUAGUUUUGCAAUUCUACUUUUUAGGCGUAAUUGGAGUCAUCUAUUCUGCUUCUUCUUUGGUAUCUGGCAUUUUGAUAUCUGUUCUGCUUCCAGCAACUGAAGUUUUAGCUGUUUUCCUUUACGGCGAAAAAUUCAAUGCAGAAAAAGGAAUUUCUCUUGCCCUCUCGCUAUGGGGAUUUGCUUCGUACUUUUAUGGUGAUUAUAAAGAGAACAAGAAGAGAGAAAAUAAUCAAUCUCCGGAAACAGAGAUGACUGAUAAAUCUAAUUGUACCCCAUGAUUGAAAGACUACUUGUCUUAUUGUAUAUGCCAAAAUCAUAAGUACUCGUUAUUCUAUGUAAACUUUCUCCAUUUUAAUUUGUUUGUUUUAAAAAAAUAUUUUUAUUAUUUUUAAUUUCAAAUUUUCACGUGCA